GUUUCAGAAAUGGGAGGGGCUUCAAUGCUCCCAGACUCUGCCGUCGACGUUUGUAAGGAUACUUUCACCUAUUGGAUCGAUUUGCCAUACCAUUUAAAGAUAGAAGUUCUGCGAAAUCUGCCUUUUCCAACCUUGAGAAACUUCAUGUUCCUCAGCAAGGAGUGCAUGGCUUUGUCAUCGAAAUUGAAGCCUGAAGUUAAUGGUGUCUUCCUUCUACAUGAACCGAAUAGAAUCCGGCAAAAUGCCAACAUGGGAAAUUGUUCGGCAACUAUCAUCGUCUACUAUUUGCCGCGCGGUACCACCGACCCGGAUUUGCGAAAAAAUUAUACCAUUAGGUUUACCAACAUCAAUGAAGGAUGCACGGUGAGCAGAGAAGAUGAUUUGCGAGUAGCAAAUACGGGACCGACAUAUGCAAACGAGUCCUGCUAUGCGGUUUCGAUGCGGGUCCUCUUCAAUAUGACGAAAUAUAUGAAAUCGGAGCAAAUAUCAAUGGAGAUAGGCUCAGUAAGAACGGAAGUUCGACAUGUGCUGGAUGAACUACCGAAAACGGCAUCACUUUCAUGCGAACGGCUCACCGUUCAUGCGCAUAGUCUUGCCGUUCUUACUUCACUCAUCCCUCAUGUAAACCCUGGUUGUAGGCUUUGGACAUAUGAUAGCGAUAUUUUCAACAUACCUGCCAAUGUCUUCAUAGACUCCGACAUAUUUGAUCUCGAAACGAUGAAGUCGGCUCCACUCUUUUACACUAACGCUUCCUGUGAAAUCAGCGACCAUCAACUUCUAUCACUCAAGGCGCAUUGUCUUUAUUUGAAGGCUCCAUAUGUAUCAGCGAGAGGCAUCAACGACAUAAUCCUGCAGUGGCUUGCUGGCAAGCGGAAGAUAGCAACUGUUUAUUUUGCGGCGACAUCGGCCUUGAAUAGAGAUGUGGUUUUCAAAGACGUGGAUAAAACAGGAUUUGUGCCUGAAGCUGAGCUUGUAAAAAGCCCUUUCAUCAAACAAUGGAUGCAAAGUCAUUUUGUACCUGGUUUUCAUGCAGGGAUGCGUAACAAAUCAGGCGAUCUGCUGCUGAUCAAUGUGGGCACAAACUUCUGCGAGUUGGUGGAUCCCUACUCGGAGUAUAUGCCUCGACCUUAGCUCCUCCUAUAUUGAGCAAGUAGUCAAUGUAAUUCUAGUCAUAUAUAAAAUUAUCAAAAUUCAUCAUGCACUUUGAAUACGAGGUUGUUUCGCUCUUUGUAUACUGUCAGUCAGUUUGAUGCAAGUCUUUUUCGCUAAAGUUGUAUGUCCAUGUCAUAGACUGUUAUGUUCUUCUUUUGCACUUCCUUGACAAUUUUUCUUCGGCUUCCAAUCAUUUACAUGUGCACUGAGACUCAC